GUGGUUCGGAGCUGAUCAACAGCAGGCGCUGAGCAGUGCGCUGUGAGCGUCCUUCUCUUCCAAGGCGGAAGCAUCAUUGAAAGCUCCUGCGCAAUUCUGUGUUCCCCACAGUAGUCAUGCCAAAGGAUCGGUGUUUGCGUCUCUGAAGGAAUGGCCGGCAAGAAGAAGAAGGGGGCCGGGGGCCCGUCUGUAUCGCCGCGCAGUCCAAAGCCAGUGGCAAAGGGGCCCCGCUCAACUGCGGCCGCUUCUGAUGAUCAGGAGCGUUCAAAAGAAUUGGAGGCAGCUCCAUUGCAAAGUGGACCUGCUGAGGAAACUGUAGUUGCUGAGCCUCCUUCAGUCGUUGCCUCACCGUCUCAGAAAGUGCGUAGGAAAAAAGUGGAUAAUGGAGAUGAUGCAGGGGGUUUGAAGCCGCAGCAAGCACACGAGGUGCCAGAUAGAGUAGAGGAGAAGCAUGCACCGAUAGAGCCUAGCGUUGAUGUAAGUCAAGGGGCUGAUGAGACUCCGCUUGCGAGCUCGUCUGGUGAAGGGUUUGAUUUGGAUUCUGAACCCCCUGCGUCAGGAGCUCCUGAAGCUGAUGCCAAUGCAGACCACAACAAUGGCAUGCUGGGAGAGGAAUUGAUGACCGGGGGGGUGUCAGAAGCAAGCAUCGUGAAUGCACUUGGGGGUGAGAGUGCGGGGAUUGAGGAUCCAGAAAGGAGAGGCCCGGAUGGCAGUUCUUCAAAUGUCGAAGAAGAAGUCAGUGGUCCCGCAUCAGCAGGGGGACCAAUGGAGGGAGUGUCUAGCACGCAGGUCGAUCCUAACGGAUACACUCGUUUGGCGCACACUGCAGUGAUCAGCCAAGAAGAUGGGGGUUUGGAGGGAGCAGACGUGACUGACGGAGGGGCUGGCACGACUGGGGAUAGCGGAGGGAUAGAUGUUGUCAGCGGAAAGGAAGAAGGCAUGCAGAACGGAGUUCUGGAAGGAGGUCUGUCGGUUGGAGCUGAACCGAUUGAGACCACCCCUCUACUGAGCAAUUUGUUAGGUGCGGGCUUAGAUGGGGGCGCGGAUGGUGAGGCGUCAGAAAGUGUGGUGAGGGUUUCCGAAGCUCUGAGUGCGACGCUCUCCAGAGAAGACAAUUCUGAACCCAAAGAAGGGGCAGCUUUUCUAGCAGUUGUUACGGGUGAUGACGCGGGGCAAAACACUAGUUCAAUCGACGAAGCAGCGGCGGCGCCUAGCACCAACCAACCUGCAUUACCUGUCCUACAAUUCGCAAACCAGGCUGAGACUCUUCCUAGCCUCCCAACCGCCCUCCCCAUGCAAACCCCUUCGAUUGCCCCAGAACCUGCUCUCACGCCCCAAACGGCAAGCCUUCCCAAUCCUCCGAAGCCGGAAACUUCCGAAACCCUAGGUCCGAGCCCCCCCCCGGCCGUUCCCCAGUUCUUCAGCCCCCCGCGGGUGUCUCUCAGCGUGGCCAGUGCAGACGAUGACACGGCCUUCUUUGAACAGCUGCUGGAGGACUCUGACGAGGACGAGGUGACAUCAUCGGCGAUGUCGUCGCUGCCGCUCGGACAGGGGGUGGCUCGUCCGCAGCUCGGCGGCGCUUCCGCAGGCCCCCCCCCGGAACAAGGAUCAACCGCCAUGCACAGCUUUUCCACCCCCCCUAGGGCUCCACACGCCGUCUCCCUCCCGCAGGUGCAUGUGACGGAGCAUCCGCCAGCAGUGUCUCCUGGUCCAAUCCCCUUUGGGCCGGUCUCGCCUCCUGAGCUGGCGCAUUUUACACAACACGGGCAGGGUUUGGGGCAGGAUUACGGGUCGGCAGAUGGAGAACCAAAAGCGGAGGGGCACAGCAUUGAGAAAGCGGCGGGCGCUUUCGGCUCUGGCAUUCAAUUGGGGGAGACCGGCGCAGCGGUGGAGAGCAGCGCAACGGGCCCCGCUCCUGUACCCCCCCAAAUUGGGAUUGCGCCCCCCCAGAUUGCCAUGCCCCCCCCCAUGCAGACCUCCCCGGGGCAAAACGCCGGUUCCUGGAACUUCCCCACCCCCCGGGGGGAAGAAGACGUAGACUUCUUUGCCUCCGCGACGCCCUCAGGGGUCCAGCCUCAACAAGAACAGCAGGGUGUGCCUUCAUCCCCCCUCCCCAGCUUCCCUUCGGUAGAUUGGCAGCAACCGAGUUCGCAGGCGGGGGGUCACUUUCCAAGUGCUUGGCCCCAUGAAGCUCACCCUCCAAACGCAGGUGGGGUGCAGCCAGCUUUUCAACCGGGGGGUCAUUUCCCAAAUGCAUGGCCCCAAGAACCCGUCCGCCCCCAACCGUUCGGGGCUGCCUUUUCCCCCCAGGAGGACGACGUGUCAUUCUUUAACCAGGACACUCCAAAAGAUUCGCAGGCAAAAGCGAUACAUCCCCCACCCCCUUUCAGCAACGGCCCCUUCUCAGAUGCCCAGCCCCAACCGAUCGCGCCUGCUCACUUCCCCACAAGGCCCCAAGAAACUGUAUCUAUGCCUAGCUUCGGCUUCCCUUCCCCUGGUGGAGACGAAGGGGCCUUGUUCUUCGAGCAGGCUGCAGCAACCCCCCCGGCAAUUUCAACUCCCCCUCCGCAUUUCCUGUCACAACCACCACUUCAGUCUCCCAGUCCGGACUUGCCAACCUUGGCGCCCCCAAGUCACAUUCCUGGCCCCGUCCCUAGUUCAUUCCAAGGUCCAGCGAACGACAAGACGGGCACGUCCGACCUCCCGUCAGACACCGCGAGGGGCGAUUCGGACGCUCCUUGGAUACCCGCAGACGCUUCACAGAGCGAUUCGAACCCCUUCUUGGGUGCUUCGACCGUCGCCACAGCCCCGUCAGAUGCCGCCCCGGGCUUCCCGAACCCUUUCCUUGGCGAUCUGGACGCAUCGAGACCCGUUUCGGACGUUGUGUCAGGCGGCGCGGACGCUUCAGCCGGUGUCCAACACGGGCCGACGGCGGUUUCGGACGCAGCUGCGGUUGUGGCGACGGCGACAGUGGCGGCCGUCGCAACGGCGGUGUCGAGCUUCGACUUUGGGGCGGUGGGGGACGAUGGGGAUGUGUCGUUCUUCGAGAGCAUCGGUGGGCAGGAAGAGAGUGGGGGCUUUGGAGGGUCAAGCGCGCACGGGGGGCUUGCCAGUUCUGGAACUCUUGGAGCGGCAGUCGCCCCCGCUUUCGAUUCGCAAGUCUCACAACUUGGAGAUCAGGCCCAGUAUCCUGCUGGCCAACCCUACGACUCUUCUCAAUACUGGAGCGAUCAGUACAACCAAACCUACGACUGGAGCCAGUACCAGCAGCCGGAGGGGGCCUAUUCACACCCCUCCCCGAGCACCGCUCCCCAGCAAGCGGCCUAUUCACACCACCAGGAAGGAAGCUAUGCGCAGCCCGCUCCAAGCAGUUCCCCCGAGCAAGGGGCGUAUUCACACAGCCAGGGAGGGGCGUACGCACAGUCUGCGCCAAAUCCCGCUGCAAACGGUUCCUACGACCCGAGCGGUUACUAUGCCCCGAACUAUGAUCCAAGCGCGUCUUGGUAUGGGGCCCAGGGAGGCGGCACCUGGCAGGCUCAGGGGAGCAGCACCUGGCAGGCUCAGGGAGGGGACAGCUGGCAUGCUCAGGGAGGGGACACGUGGCAGCAGCAGGCGGCGGGGAGCCAGGAAUGGGGGACGGGCGCGCAGCACGUCGAUCCCGAGCAGUUCUUUGAACAGAUUGGGGGCCAGCCGGAGCCAGUUCAUGACGGUGUUCCGACGGGUUUGGACAGUCUGUUACCAGGUUCGGACGGUCCGAAGUCUCCUUUACAGAGUCAAGCUGCGGAGACAGCCUUGGGGGAAAGCGAGCCCGAAACUCUGCACGACUUGGGGGAGGGUCCGGUGCCGACGCAAGAGUCAUCCCAGGAGAGUUUCUCUCCUCAAGAAAGUCAGUCCCAACCCCCCCCGCAGAGCGAAUUGUUCUCACCAGGACAACCGGAGUACCCCCCUCAGCCAAACCCAUUCUCAGCGCCUUCCUUCACCCCUGGGCAAGCUCCGUUCUCCCCCCCCUCAGAAUCGCAGUUCCCCCCCGAAGCUAGCGCAGUGCACAGCGCGCCUUUCUUCGAACAGCACGCCCCCCCACAGUACGGCCCCCCUGUGACCGACUUCACACCCCACCCGCAGCGGACGCAUUCACACUCCGCCCUCCCCCCCCGCCCCCCGGGACACAGCCGCAGCGCUUCGGCGACCAGCCAGACCGGUUCCGAGCACGACUGGGCGGCCGGCAACUUCUCCCACGAGCCCGCGCCCGCGUUCACACCCCGCCCGCCGUUCAUGCCGCAGCCCUCCGUCCCGGCCGGUGUGAAUUUCUUCCAGCCGCCCAAGCAGAGCGGGCCGGCGUUCAUCCCGGCCCAACAGGAGUUUGGGGGGGCAGGUUUUGGGGGGGGCUGGGCGCAGCACACGGCGGUGCCGCGCUCCACUGCGGAGGCGAUGCAGACGUCCGUGGGGCGGCCUCCAUGCUCGGUGGCGGCGUUUGGGUUUGGUGGGAAGUUGAUUGUACUGAGGCCUGGGGGUGGGGUGCAGUUCGGGUCAGAUAUGACCCCACCCGGCCCUUCCUUUGGCGCCGUCCAGUCAUCGCUCCAGAUCCACCCGCUCUCCCAAGUUGUCGCGUCCAAUUCGGCGGAUGGCGGGAAGGGCGUCGGUUCCAUCUACUUCGACGCCCUCGGGAAGCGGGCGUAUGCGGGGCCCUUAGCGGGGGGCCAUACCGCGGCCAAGGACCUCGCCAAGUGGCUGGACGAGCGCAUGGCGCGGUGCCGUGAGGAGGAAACGGACCAUCAGGGCAACCCGGAGUCGCUGCGCCUGCUCUACGGCUUGCUCAAAGUGGCGGCGCAGCACUAUGGCAAGCUGCGCGCGGUCGCGGCCUCCGCUGGGGGUCAGGAAAAGGGUGCUGCGGGACCUGAGGCCGCCUUGGCCGCUCUCCUGAGUUCGCCCGAGCAGCCGACUGCGGCCUCGUCCUGGGGGGUGGCAAAGACCACGGACUCGGACCCCCUGCAGCAUCAGCCGUUAGAGCAAGACCUCAAGAGAACCGCCACUGAGAUGCAGCGCCUUCUGGUGGCGGGGAAUCGCAAGGAGGCCCUCGCAUGCGCCAAGCAGGGGCAGCUGUGGGGGCCCGCUCUCGUGCUGGCACGACAACUUGGAGACAAGGUCUUCUGCGAGACGGUGGGCGAGAUGGCGCAGCGCCAGUUCUGCCUCGGCACCCCCCUGCGCACGCUGCACCUCCUGCUCGCGCAGCAGCCCGCCGAGGUGUUUGCCGGGAAGAAGAUGCCGGCGCAGGGGGACUCGCCCAUGGCGGGGGGGCCGCAGCCUGCGCCAGGAGUUGACCAGGGCGACGGUCUUGGCAGCAUGCUGGACCAAUGGCAGGACAACCUGGCGAUCCUGGCGGCCAACCGCGCUGCGGGCGACGACAAGGUGAUCACCCACUUGGGCGAUAGUCUGUGGCGCACUCGCGGCGAGGUUGCGGCCGCGCACAUGUGCUACCUCGUUGCGGAGCUGCAACCGGAGGGCUUUUCGGGGACGUCGCGCGUGUGCCUGGUUGGGGCGGACCAGUACAAGUACCCGCGCACGUUUGCCACGCCCGAGGCAAUUCAGCGGACGGAGCUGUACGAGCACGCCAAGAUGCUGGGCAACCCGCAGUUCGUGCUGCCAUCAUUCCAGCCGUACAAGCUGCUCUACGCUGCCAUGCUGGCAGAGGCGGGCAAGACCGCAGAGGCGCUCAGGUACUGCCAGCUGGUUCUCAAGACCCUGCGCGCGGGCGGGCGCAGCCCCGACGUCGAGGCGAUCCGCCAGGGCGCCACCGUUCUCGAGGACCGCCUCCAGAACCACGUCCGCUCCGGGGCCGCAACUAGCAGCGCGAAAGUUCUCAGCGGGCUCUUCAAGGCCGUCGAUUGGGGGAUCAAGGGCAUCAUGGGGGGAAUGCCGGCGGGGGGGUCCCGGCCAACGUCGCCCGCGGUGAAAGAAGAGGGGGCGGCCGCGUCCCCCGUUCCGAGUUGGGGGGUGGGACACGUUGCCGGGCCGGUUGGGAAUUACACGUUUUCGGCCUCUGGGAGUGGUAACAGUUUUGCGGCCGCUGGUAAUGGAAUGGCCGGCACGACAAGUGGCGCGUUUCUGGUGGGGCACCAGUGGGCCGCGCAGGUGCAGGACCCUGCGCAGCAGUGGGGGGAGAACGUGGCCGCACUUGCGCCCCCCCAGAGCGAACAGCCGCCGGCGUGGGGGCAGGGCGAGGGCUUUUACGUCCCCCCCGAAAACAAACAGCCGCAGCAGCAGUGGGGCGUUACUCCCGCAAGCAACGCCAGCUGGCAACCGGGGGUUCCGCCAGGGGGGGAGAAUCUGCACAGCGGCCGGCCCCCCGUCAAUGGACAAAGCGCGUGGUCGGUGAGUCCAGCGGCGGGUGGGGGGGUAAAUAUCGAGGACGCGGAAAGGGGGGGGAGUGCCCUUAGCAGCCGCCCGCCGACCCCCGGGCAGAGUCAGUCGUGGAACCCGAGCCCUGCCGUCAGUUCUGGAAGCCGGCCCUCGUCUCCCGUCGGUCAGACCCAGUCCCAGCAAUGGGGGGUCCAACCAGGGGGCGAUCCCUUUUCGGGGGGACAGUGGGCCGCCCAGGGCGCGCCCCUCAUCUCGUCGUACGAAAACCAGGCUGUCGCCAGCACGGCCGAGAGCGGCGUCUCCAAGCCCCCGACCCCCCGAAAAGAGGAGAAGGGCGACGGGGGCAACGACGAUCGGCGGAAGAGCCCCCACCGGAGCGCGUCGGAGCCCGACUUUGCCAAGAGCGGGAAGGCCUCGGCGGCGGCCGAGGGGGACAAGGACUCGGGCCCAAAGAGCGUCGGCGGCGGCUCGUCGCCCGUGCGGAAAAACGCCCCGUGGGGUGGGGGGUUCCUGCGGGCGGGGUCCGGCAUCUGGGGGGGGCUCAAGAACAGCCUGAGCAGCGUGGUUCCCGUGGGGGGGGGCAGCGGAAAUCAGGCGAAGCUGGGCGACAAGAACAAGUUUUACUACGACGAGAAGAGGAAGAAGUGGGUUCUCGAGGGGGAACCAGAGCCCGAGGAAGAAGCGCCCCUCCCCCCCCCCCCGACUGCCUUCGGCUCGGGGGGGCCAAAUGCUGGCUCUGUGGACAGCGCAAAAGCCCCUCCUGGGGCGGGUGCAAGCUCGCAACCGCCCCCAGGGGUGGCGGGGCAGCCGCCUGCGUCUCAAGGGGGGACAGCUCCGCUUGCAGCGGGGGGCUUGGCGCCCCCCCCAGCAGUACCGAACUUCUCGGCAAGGGGGCGGACGGGUGUGCGGUCGCGGUAUGUCGAUACGUUCAACAAAGGGGGGGCAGCGGCGGGAUCAGCGGCCAAAGGGCUGUCGCUUCCGGCGGCAAGGCCUCCGGUUCCUGCGCCAAUGAAGUUCUUCGUGCCGCCCCCCGCCCCCCUCGGCACCAUCCCCGACUCCGAAUCCGAGUCCGACCCCCCUGACCAGCCAAACUCAAGCGCCAAUCCCUCUGACCCCCCCCUGGGGCCGCAGUCCAGAGAACCCCCUGCCCCGAACGGUUUCCAGCCCGCCGAGAGCAGUAAGCCGCCACUGCCCCACGGUCACCGGCGCAGCCACUCUAGUGAAACGUCGGGGCAUCCGCCGUUGCCCCCGGGGGUUUCUCACUCGGCGGGGGGGGCCGGCGGCCCCCCGAAAGCGCACGCGCGCUCUGCGUCGCAGCCUUUGCCGCCGACGUUCAUGAUUCCGGGGCCUCCCGUUUCCAGCAGCGCUGCCUCGGGGGAGUCAGGUUCGGAGUUCGCUGAACCAGGGCGUCAUGAUAGUGGGCCUGCUUCCAUUCCGGGGGGGUACAGCUUCGCACUGGGCGGAGGGGGGGAGAGCACCAGCCAAGGGUGGGAGGGCUACUCAGGGGGAGGCGAGGGUAAUCAGCAGUUUUGGACACCUCCACAAGGAGCUUCGGUGCAAGCCGACGUCUCCUCUAGCAAUUUCGGGAUGCCUCCUCCGCCCGAUAUUGGAAGCGCGGGCUCCUUGCAAACGGGGCCCGGAGUUUGGGGAGCAGGUGGCGCGACGGCACCAAACGUUCUCGGGGGUACCCCUAGCGGUCAAGAAGGUAGUUUCUUUGAUAGUUUGGGCACAGCAAGCGUAACAGCAGGGCAUGUUUCUGGUGAAAGCCAUGCGCGAGAGCAUGAGGUGGAUGAAAUGACCGACGUGGAGCUUUAGCAGGUCAGGAUUGCAUGAGCCACUCUUAGUUGCCAAGUUCAGUUCAUAUCGAGUCGUACAACUUGGACCUCAAGUAAUUGUUGCAAGGUCGAAAAGCAUAACUCUGCUUCCAUCAAGUCGAGUGUACAACC